UCAAUCCCGACAAGAAGUCGCGGUCGGGUCUUCCCUGAGAACAGCGCCUUAACAAAGACCCGCGUUAUCGCGCUCUCAUAUCUUGACAUCUUGGCUCGGUUGAUCUUACGUCUCUCUCCUAAACUCGGAUUGUCAUGGCCUUCUACCUGUGAGCGUGCCACCAUAUAAUCUCUCAAAUUCCGCACCGCCAAUACAUUGCCCUUUUCAUUCACGCAAGGCAAACCUCCAACUGCGACUAACCAAAGCAUGGAUAACUCGCAAAAAACACCUGGCCGACCGAGCGGUAUCCCCCGGUUGACCUCCAGGUUACCUCUGCCGACAUCUGCCACCAAUAAAUCGAUCCGUCCGUCCCCAUCUCGCGACAAGCUACAAACCGACCUGGGUCUCAACGCCAGUCGAUCGCGCAGACCCUCCCAGGAACCUGUGUUUAAGAAGCCCUUACCGAAGAACACCCUGCCGAAGAAGCCCGUGGUCAGUCAGCAACAGCGAAGAGAUGUCUCGCAGACAAAGACAAGCGAUGCGAGGGGGUUGGAAGUUGAAGGGGCGCCGAAUAACAAACCCCUUCAUCUGGAGGUCGAUGAUGCGGAAGCUCGGGGCCGUACACGACCUUCGCUGUCCGAACGAACGAUCGAGACCCUUUCCCAGAUCCCUCCUUCGCCUGGACCUCAGGGGAGACAGUCUAAUUUCUUCGGCGCAACUAGCCCAAUGCGCUCGCCAUCUCGUCCACCGUCUGCAAUGACUAGUUAUUCAAGGUCGCCAUCGAGGUCGUCUUCUCGUCAACCUAGCGGAGGCGACUAUCUUUCCCGCCCACCGUCUGCCAUGCGUCUCCCGUCAAGGUCUGGUCCAUCUUUGUCUGCGAACAGUGCAGCAGGCGAUCAAAGUUCCAUCUCAAGUACAGAUAGUCCCUCGAAGCUGAAAAAGCCAUCAGCUAGAAUAACCACCUACGAUCGAACCAAUAAUCUGGCAUCUGCAUCCGAUCCUCGUCCUGUGCCUAGCAGGGCGUAUUCAAGGCCCGCCGAAUCAGUUGCAGAUGCCCCGCAACAACGCCUGGAGGUGAAGAAAACAAGAAAGAUGCAACCGAGGCUAUCGGGACAAAAGCCAUCGUUAAUAGGGUCACGGUCGCCGUCCGCAAAGUCUACCACAUCCGACCUAACCGCAGAACAGCAGACUGAAAUUGAAACUAGGAAGGUUUCAAGAUCCUCUAGCGCUUUGAGGGAAAGCAUUGCAAAGGCCAAAGCCGCGCGGAAGGCCGAGGCACAGAAAAGCACAAAGGCGACAACCUUUGACCGGGGGAACAGUUUUGAUACGCAGGAUCCGUUCAACCAGAGACCUAAGGACUCGAACCACGGGCUCCUGCGGAAGCGCAUUGAAGCAGGCCGAACUUCUGGUCAUCUCAACAUCGCAGCCAUGUCCCUAAAAGAAUUGCCAAAAGAAGUUAUGACGAUGUACGAUUUUGAUCCCAAUUCCACCACUGAGUGGUACGAGAGCGUGGACCUUGUUAGAUUUAUCGCUGCGGAUAACGAGUUCACGGAACUCCCCAACGAUGCCUUCCCCAAUAUCGAUGCCCAGGAGCUAGACCCAGAUAUUGACGAAAGGGGAAAUCAAUUCGGGGGUCUUGAACUUCUGGACCUGCACGGGAAUAUGCUGCAAUCUCUACCCUUGGGCUUCAGAAGACUGCAGCGGCUGCACACCCUGAACCUGUCGAAUAACAGCCUUACUAUUAAUGACAUACGCGUUGUUAUGGACAUGAUAUCCCUUAGGGAUCUUAGGCUCGCCAGGAACAGGUUGAAAGGGGCGCUUACCUCGGACAUCGCACGUCUCAGCAACUUGGAGAUCUUAGAUCUGCACGAGAACUCCCUCACAGACCUUCCACGGGAGCUGGGAGAACUGGUUUCACUUCGAGUCUUGAACGUCGGCAAUAAUGAGCUGAACUCAUUGCCUUUUGAAACCCUGCAUUCACUCCCUCUAAAAGAGAUCCACGCUCCGAGGAAUAAAUUAAAAGACACUCUUUUGCCAGCUUGUGUGCGUAAGUUCGAGACACUGCAGAUCUUGGAUGUAGCCAGCAAUGCAUUGGUGAGGCUUUCGGAUCACGAAAGCUUGGAGCUUCCCAACAUACAGACUCUAGCAAUCAAUACGAACCGCAUCCAGACCCUUCCUGAUAUUUCCUCAUGGCAGGCUCUUUUAACCUUGUCAGCCGAGGAUAACAGCAUAUCAGAUCUUCCCCAGGGGUUCACGGGCCUGAAGAACGUUAGGAAUGUUGACUUCACUGGGAACGAUAUCUCGAGGCUAGAUGCGAAAAUCGGGUUGAUGGAGAACCUCUUCACGUUCCGCAUAGCUAACAAUCCUCUUCGGGAACGUAGGUUCUUGAGCAUGACCACAGAGGACCUGAAGCGCGACUUGCGAAACCGGUGCGAACCAGAACCGCAAGAUACCGACGAUGAAGGCUCGGUUGCAACUCAGUUUACGUUGGCGCCGGAAACCCCGGCUCAAACAGCCUCUUGGCAAAUCAAAGCCGGCGGUGUUGUUGACAGAUCCUACACUGAGCUGCAGGAACUGGAGGUAGAGGAGUUGGAACGCAUCAGCUUUCACGACAUCAGAUGUCUCCAAUUGCAACACAACGAGCUGCGCUGCUUUCCGGUUCCCGCCCUCAGCAUGCUCGCAUCCAACCUCACCGACCUAGAUCUAUCGAAUAACCCACUUGACGGGGCGUCUCUCUUCUCAGCAUCCCUUACUCUUCCCAAUCUCCAGAAUCUCAACCUCAGUGCUGCCAAUUUGAGUACGCUUCAGCCGCUGCUAAGCAGCCUUACAGCCCCGGCUCUUACUUUCCUAGACGUCUCAUAUAACCGUCUUUCAGGCCCUCUUCCUGCCGUGCGGCGAAGUUACCCGAACCUAACAACACUCCUAGCUGCCGAUAACCGAAUCAGCAAUCUGAACUUUGAUUCCGUACAAGGUCUCCAGGUACUAGACGUAGGGAACAAUGAUAUUGGUGUUCUCCCACCGAAGCUUGGCCUGUUAAGGGGAGAGGGCUCCAGCAAGAACUGGGGUAACGGCUCACCCCUGAGACGAUUCGAAGUAGCGGGAAACAGCUUUCGGGUUCCCCGCUGGCAGGUUGUCGCGAAGGGGACCGAUGCAAUUCUUGAAUGGCUGAAGGACCGCAUUCCUGCUGAAGAACUUCAGGGAUGGGAAUCAGGGGACGAUUCGAACGAGGAGUGAUGACUUGCAGCAUGGUGACAUUGGAGGUGCUCGGGUAUGGCCGAGGAUAUCUGCUUGGGGAAACACUUGGUUUCGGAUUAUUAUUAUUACACCAUGUACAUUAUUCAUCUAAAACGCACAUACU